CCCAACUUGAUGCGGCCCUCCAGCUUCUCCGGACUGAAGAGGGGAUGGCUGCCGUCACAAUAGCUCCAAAGCAAGCCCGGCCCCCAUGGCCGCCUCUCCUGCUCUUGCUCCUCCUGCCCGCAGGGAGCAGUGGCGGCUGCCCUGCUGUGUGUGACUGCACCUCCCAGCCCCGGGCAGUGCUCUGCGCCCACCGGCGGCUGGAGGCUGUGCCCGGGGGCCUCCCACUGGACACUGAGCUCCUGGACCUGAGUGGGAACCGUCUGUGGGCGCUGCAGCAGGGGAUGCUCUCUCGCCUGGGCCUGCUCCGGGAACUGGACCUCAGCUACAACCAGCUGUCCAGCCUGGAGCCCGGGGCCUUCCACGGCCUGCAGAGCCUGCUGACCCUGAGGCUGCAGGGCAAUCGGUUGCGAAUCAUGGGGCCUGGGGUCUUCUCGGGCCUGUCCGCCCUCACCGUGCUGGACCUCCGCCUCAACCAGAUUGUCCUCUUCCUUGAUGGAGCUUUUGGGGAUCUGGGCAGCCUCCAGCAACUGGAGGUUGGGGACAACCACCUGGUGUUUGUGGCUCCGGGGGCCUUCGCCGGGCUGGCCAAGCUGAGCGCCCUCACCCUGGAGCGCUGCAACCUCAGCACGGUGCCUGGCCUGGCCCUGGCCCGGCUCCCUGAACUAGUGUCCCUCCGGCUUCGAGAACUGGAUAUCGGGAGGCUGCCGGCGGGGGCGCUCCAGGGGCUGGGGCAGCUCAAGGAGCUGGAGAUCCAUCACUGGCCCGCUCUGGAGGCCCUGGAGCCUGGGAGCCUGGCUGGGCUCAAUCUGAGCAGCCUGGCCAUCACCCGCUGCAAUCUGAGCUCCGUGCCCUUCCAGGCGCUGCGCCACCUGAGCUUCCUCAGGGUCCUGGAUCUCUCCCAGAACCCCAUCUCGGCCAUCCCCGCCCGAAGGCUCAGUCCGCUGGUGCGCCUCCAGGAGCUGCGGCUGUCGGGGGCCUGCCUCACCUCCAUCGCCGCCCACGCCUUCCACGGCCUGACCGCCUUCCACCUCCUGGACGUGGCGGAUAAUGCCCUUCAGACACUCGAGGAGACAGCCUUCCCUUCUCCAGAUAAACUGGUCACCCUGAAGCUGUCUGGCAACCCCCUGACCUGUGACUGCCGCCUCCUCUGGCUGCUCCGGCUCCGCCGCCGCCUGGACUUCGGGACGUCCCCGCCUGCCUGUGCUGGCCCUCGGCACGUCCAGGGGAAGAGCCUGAGGGAGUUCUCAGACAUCCUCCCUCCAGGGCACUUCACUUGCCAACCAGCCCUGAUCCAGAAGUCUGGGCCUCGCUGGGUCAUCGCUGAGGAGGGCGGGCGCGCUGUCUUCUCCUGCUCUGGGGAUGGAGACCCAGCCCCCACCGUCUCCUGGAUGAGGCCUCCGGGGGCCUGGCUGGGGAGGGCUGGGAGAGUUCGGGUGCUGGAGGACGGGACCCUGGAGAUCCGCUCGGUGCAGCUACGGGAUAGAGGGGCCUAUGUCUGUGUGGUGAGCAACGUCGCUGGGAAUGACUCCCUGAGGACCUGGCUGGAAGUCAUCCAAGUUGAGCCGCCAAACGGCACUCUCUUUGACCCCAACAUCACUGCGCCAGGGGUCCCGGGGCCCUUCUUCCUGGACAGCAGAGGGGUAGCUAUGGUGCUGGCAGUGGGCUUCCUCCCCUUCCUCACCUCCGUGACCCUCUGCUUUGGCCUCAUUGCCCUCUGGAGCAAGGGCAAAGGUCGGGUCAAGCAUCACAUGACCUUUGACUUUGUGGCACCUCGGCCCUCUGGGGAUAAGAACUCUGGGGGAAACCGGGUCACUGCCAAGCUCUUCUGACCUUUCCUUUCACUCUGGGGACCCAGCCAAGCCAGCUUCAGAUACCAAAGGGGGAGGACCCACGGCCGCUUGGGCCAGAACCCAGUCCCAAGCAGCAC